GUGGCCGAUGGCUGGCGGGGCCGUGUGGGUAGUGGCGCGGGGCUGCCGGCGAGUUUUGGAAAGAGGGUUUUCUCUGCGUGCAGCACGGCCCGCCGCAAGCAUGGAGAGUGCCGAACGGCUGGUGAGGGGACUUGUCCCUGCUCUGACCCACGACAAGCACAAGGGCAUGGACGGCAGAAUCGGCGUCGUGGGGGGCUGCCAGGAGUAUACUGGUGCCCCAUACUUCGCGGCGAUCUCAGCCCUCAAAGUGGGUGCAGACCUGUCCCACGUGUUCUGUGCCCGGGAUGCAGCACCGGUCAUCAAGUCCUACAGCCCUGAGCUCAUCGUGCACCCGGUCCUUGACAGCCCCCAGGCGGUGGGCGAGGUGGACAAGUGGCUCUCGCGGCUGCACGUGCUGGUGGUGGGGCCCGGCCUGGGCAGAGACGACGCACUCCUGGCCAGCGUGAAGGGCAUUCUUGAAGCCUCAAGAGACCGGGACCUCCCUGUGGUCAUCGAUGCGGACGGGCUGUGGCUGGUGGCCCAGCAGCCGGGUCUCAUCCACGGCCGCCGGAACGCCCUGCUCACGCCGAACCACGUGGAGUUCGGCCGGCUCUGGGAGGCCGUGCUGGGGGAGCCCAUGGACAGUGGUGGCGAUGGUCGUGCGGCUGUGCAGAGACUCAGCCAGGCCCUGGGCAACGUGACCGUGGUCCGGAAAGGGGAGCAGGACGUGAUCUCUGACGGCCAGCAGGUGCUCGUGUGCAGCCGGGAGGGCAGUGCCCGCAGGUGUGGCGGCCAGGGCGACCUCCUCUCGGGCUCCCUGGGGGUGCUGGUGCACUGGGCGCUGCUCGCGGGGCCUGAGAAGACCCACAGCUCCAGCCCGCUGCUGCUGGCUGCCCUGGGCGCAUGUGCUCUCACCCGGCAGUGCAGCCGACAGGCCUUCCAGAAGUACGGCCGCGCCACCACGGCCAGUGACAUGGUCGCCGAGAUCGGGGCCGCCUUCCACACGCUCUUUGAGGCCUGAUCCCAAUGCCCAGGAUUGGGUGAGAUCCAGCCCCACACCCAGGCCGCCUGGACUGUGGCAUGUGCGCCGUGUCCCUGUGUGACCCCUCACAGGAGCCGCCCUCCUCAGUUGGGGGUGCUGGGGGCCCGGAGGGCGGGGCCUCGCUUCCUCCUGGACGCCCACCCUGAGGACUAAGGGGCUCGGACCCGCGGCCAUGAGCACGUGGGGCGUCCAAGUGCUGGUUGCCCCCUCUCCCCACCCCAGGAGAUGCAUCUGUCCCUGGAUCCUGGCCUGGGCGUCCAUGCCAGCACCCUUGGAUGCUCAGGGCGCCUGGGCCAUGAGUGAGCCACGUGGCUGCUCCCAG